AUGAGUGUUAGAAUGUUAGGAAUAGCAAGAAGAGUUUUUAAAAUGAAAAGCUUUUUCCUGCAAACAUACGCAACAAUUACAGCAACAACUCGUAUAAAAGCACCAAUUGAAUUGCAUGGGAUUGAUGGAACAUAUGCCACAGCAUUAUACAAUGCAGCAAUGAAAAACGCAUCUCUUGAGAAAACAGAGAAACAGCUUAGUUCUCUUUGCAGCAUAAUUAAUAGAGAUCCAAAACUUUCUAUGGUUCUUAAUAAUCCGUCUCUUUCCUUUAAAGACAGAUCAGUUAUUGCAGAAGUUCUUGCAAAAUCAUUAGGAAAUGACAAGUUGAUUUUUAACUUUUUGGAGAUCGUUGCAGAAAAAAACAGACUUAAUCUUAUAAAAGAUAUUGUUAAAAAGUUUUCAUAUCUUAUGAGUGCAAAAAAAGGAGAAAUCGAAGUUAUCGUUACUAGUGUUUCUCCUUUGGAUUCUCAGUCUUUAAGUCGUCUAGAGUCUGCUAUUUCAAAAUCGAAACAUGCAGGCCCAGGAAGAAAGCUUAAAAUGAUUAAUAAAAUUAAUGAAAACAUUAUUGGUGGUAUUAUCGUAGAAAUUGGUAACUAUACUGUUGAUUUAAGUGUAGCACAUAAAAUUCUUAAGUUGAAUAAAGCACUUACUGGUGAUAAUAUUUUAUAUUUUUUUUUUUAA